AUGGGUCUUUUCGACUACUUCGCGCCUCAAGGGGCCAACGUCCCCCCAGCUGUUCCAUCGCACCCCUACUAUCCCCCAGGAGUGCCCAUGUCCAACUACCAAGCCAACGUGACGCCUUUGCCCGUGGUCCUCGCCUCGUUCGGCGGCCUCAUCGGCGUCACCGUCGUCAGCGCGCUGCUGGGCGCAAGGAAGAUGAACAAUUCCCUUGGUGCCACCGACCAACUGCUCUUCUGCUGGUUCAUCCUCUGCUUCUUUGUCCUGAACCAUGAGAGCCUCGCCGGAUCCCAGCACCUGCUGGCCCAGGCCUGGAAGGAAUACGCCCUGUCCGACUCGCGCUAUCUGACGUCGGACCCCUUCACCGUCUGCGUCGAGACCAUCACCGCUCUCGUAUGGGGACCCUGCUGCCUCGCCACGGCCGCCUGCAUCGUCCGCGGGCGCAAGAGCGCAGGCGGCCUCCGACAGGUGCUGCAGAUAGUCACGAGCCUCGCGCACCUCUACGGCGUGGCGCUCUACUACUCGACCUGCCACUUCGAGUACGUCCGCAAGGGCCUCUCGUACAGCCGGCCCGAGCCUCUGUACUACUGGGUCUACUAUGUCGGCUUCAACGCGCCGUGGGUGGUGGUCCCCGCAGGUCAGUUCGUUCACUUUUCACACUUCUCGAACCCUUCGGCUUCCUCAUUCUGA